AUGGCGCGGAUGUGGUUCGCCCUAUUAACUAGCUCUGUUGCGCUUUGCCUCACAGUGGCCAAUGCCGCCAUUAUACGCCUCAAUUGUGAACCAGUGGAUGACAAGUGUUUGUUGAAAAACAUAUACGCAACGGAGGAUGAUCGCUUCAAAGAAAUUCGCAACGAACGAUACGAGAACAUUAUCGAGUUUUUCGACUGUCACAUUCACACGUUGCCACCGAUCCCCUAUAUUAACAAAGUGAAAGCGGAUGCGAUUAAUUUGGUGCGAAUUGAAGAAAACACCUUCAGCACGAUACACCGGCUGGAUGUGUCGUACAACAGGCUCCGCGAGUUCUCUUCCAAAUCCUUUGAAUAUCCGACAGAGCUCGUGGAGUUGAAUCUGAGUGGUAAUCCAACACUGAAAGAUUUUGCUUUCCUGUCCAUGCUAAGUGGCCUGAUUCAACUGGAUAUGGCCGAUAUGAAGCUGGAGUUGGAACUCUUGGAUACAAGCAUAUUUGGAGAAAUGUCACAACUGUCAAGGCUCAACAUGAGCGAUAACAGAAUUACCACCAUACCCGUUGGAAUGUUUUCCCCACUAGUCGGAUUAACCAAUUUGGACCUCAGCCGGAACUCCAUCACAAAGAUCGCAUCCGGAACGUUCGCCAUCGCAGUGACGCACGGCUACGAGGAACAUGGGUUGUAUCACCAAUCACUGCAUUUCGAUCUGUCCUACAACAACAUCAGCAUCAUCGAGAACAACGCCUUCAUGCACGCGUCCAAAAUCAAUCUGCGAAACAACAAACUCAUCGGCAUUGGACAGUACGCGUUCGAUAAUCAAACGGCUCUCCAGUCCCUGGACCUCUCCGGGAACGUGCAGCUCAAAAACUUUGACUUCCUGCACAACCUUCGCGCACUGCACGAUCUCGAUAUGUCGCGGAUGAACUUCUCCUUCGACGGUGUGCCGCACAACAUCUUCAAUGAUCUCGAUUCGCUCACCACACUCGAUCUGUCGAACAACCACAUUUCAGCAAUACCAAUCGGCAUCUUUGCCGAGCUGCAAUCGCUCAACUUCAUCAACCUGCGUCACAACAGCAUCUCGCACAUCGAGUUCGGUACGUUCUCAAUGCGCAAGUACGACCUAAUCGACGAGAUUGAUCUCUCGUACAACGAGAUCACGGAGCUAAACUUUCUGGUCUUCGUGCCGCUGAAGUACCUCAAGACACUGCUGCUGCACGGAAACAAAAUCUCCUCCGUCAAUGCCAAGCAGCUGACACGCAACAAAAGUCUCUACAACUUCGGCAUCCAGAACAGCAAUGUGCGGUGUUACGAUCUGAUUGAUUUGCUAGGAUCGCUCAAACUUGUGCAUGAACCGAAUGAGUUUAUUUCAAAUCUUCCCAAUGUUGACGGCAUCAAAUGCGAACCAUGA